CUGCACCACCCCAUUGUGGGAAACGCAGUGUGAGGACUGGUGUGUGUAUGUGUGUGUGUGAGUGUGUAUGUGUGCUAGAUGCCUCAGCUGACCACUGUGUUGUCCUCCAAAGGUCAGGGGGUCAGGGGGGGAGGGGAGGAGGAGGGGAGGGGAGGAGGGGGCGCUGGGGUAGAAUCCGAGGAUGGGCCCCAUGUUUGGAUGGAAGGAACGGGGGAGGAGCAGGAGGAGAGGAGGAAGCAGCAGAGGGUUGGCCCCCUAUGCCGAGGCUGGCUCUGCGUGGCUCUGGCUGGAGUCCUGUGGUCAGUGUGCCAGCAGGAGGCGCCAUUUCACCCCUCUCUCUGCCUCUCCCAGCUGGGCUGGAGGCUGCUGCUGCUGGGGUUGGGGCUGGGGAGCUGUGCCCUGGUCCUGAGGACCUGCCUGGGGCUGGGGCACAGAGGAGUUGUUGCAGCAAAGACCACCAAAGGGCAGUGUUCUGCAUCCCUGAACCCCAGGUCCCCAGAGGGCCUCCUGUCUCUGGCCGGAGUCUUGGCUGACAGCCUGGUCCUCUGUCUGCUUCAGGAGCCUCUGCUGGAACCCACCAUGCCCCACAUACAGGCCCUGCUCUGCAGACUGGAGACAGUGUCUCAGGCCCUGGAGCCAGUGUAUGUCCAGACCGGCUCUGUGGAGGCUUCUGAGGGGGCGUCACACCAUGGAGGAGGACACUCUGCUCUGCUGGACAGCCUCAGACACCUCCACACCUACCUGCAGCAGAGGGCUAGCAGACUGCACAGCCUCCUCCAGGAGCAGAGCCAGUAUGAGGCCAGCCUGGGAGGGCUCCAAAUGGGCCUGGAGCAGCUGUGGACCAGGCUGGAGGUGCUCCACACCCAGGUUACACUCACCAAGGAGGGGGAGGAUGGAAGCCACGAGAACCUGCACACCGUCCAGAGAGAGACGCAGUGCUUGUCCACUGAGGUAAGUCAGUGCAGUAACAUGCUGCAGUGUAGCCAGACAAAGCUAAAGGAGAUUACCCUGAUCUUGCAGGAGCUGGUGUGGGGUCACACACAUACAGGUUGCACACUCCAAACCAGCAUAGAGUCUGUGUGGCCUGAGCUACUGCAGCAGUCGAACAUGGAGCUGCUUGACAAGGUCCAGGAGAGCUGCUGGUCCCUGGAGCAGCAGACGUCCACCUUCCAGGCCCACCUGCACGGCCUCAGAGACACCAGCUGUGUGGGACCCCCCCUCUCCCUGCUCUCCCCCGUCUCCCCCCUCAGCCAUGCCACGCCUCCCCCCCCUGGACAGCCUUCCACCACACCUUCAGGCCACCUCCCUCCCAGCCUCUCAGCCACCCCCACCCCUAUACCCCUCUCCUCAGAUGGGUUGGUCCGCCUGAGUUUGUGGAAGAGGUCGGCGCUGCAACUCUCCAGCACCAUAAGCUGCUUCAGCACCAGGACGAGGAGGAAGUCACAUGACAGGGAACAGGAAGUAUUCUCUAAGGAAUGAGGAAGACUUCUAAAAGACUUAAUAAAGUAUUUGUUUGAUAAAA